AUUGCUCUCGUUUCUUCGCUCUGCACCAUGUCAGGAAGGAGAAGCGCUCCUUCACCCGAAGGGGCAGGGGCCGCGGCCUUCAGCCGGGAGCCGCCAAAGCCUCGGGAGAACCGCGCGGGGGAGGGGGCGGGGGGCGGAGGGAGGAGGAGGGGAGGUGGCCCGGACUGGGUGUGGGAGGGGAGGGGAACCGCACCGCAGCAGCCGCCGCCUCCUCCCCGCGCCCGCCUCAACUUUUUGUACAGCCCAGAGAGAUAUCAGCCCCCGGCCCCUCCAGUCCUGCCACGGACUCCGCAGGGGUGGAAGGGCCGCAGAGUUGGGGGACGGCUCCUCCAAGCAGCCCGCUUCUACCGCGCGGAAGCAAACUUAGCGGCGCAGCCAGCCCCACAGCCAUUUUCCCGGGAACCCGGGGAAGCGGACGAGGAGGCGGCUGCAGCGGCGGCGGCGGUUCCCGCAGUUCCUGCCGCUUCUCCACGGCUGGCCCCUUCCCUUGCGCUAGCCGCACCACUUGCCUAGCAUCCCUCUCCCCACCUCCAAAGCUUCCAACUGCACCGGGACCCCGGGCAGCAGCAGCAGCUGCUACUGCCGCUUCGUCCAUUCAGUAUCCCCCGAUUCCCCUCUCCCCACCUACCAACUGCGGGUGAAGUGCGCGCUGUCAGCUCCAGAGUCCUCCGCCCCUCUGACCUCCGUGGGCCCCCGUCCGGGCAGCACCACUCCCGGCCGCGGCGACAGUUCCUGCGCCCGGUUCCCCACUCGCCCCGAUUUACUGCCACAAUCCACCAAAUAACAAGCUGUUGAGCCGACUCGCUUCUACACGAACUCCUAUUGGCUGUUCAUGACGCCGAAGAGCUUCGGAUAGGACCUCGCUACCUGCUGUCCUCAUUGGAUGUAGCUCUGAAACUUCAUGGAUUGGUGCGAAAAACAGCAGGUAGGACAUCUUCCACUUAUGAUUGGUUUUUUCUGAAGACCAACGUUAUUGGAGAGUUGGUUAUUGAGUAAGCAAGUCCUGAGAAUUGAUUGGUAGACACGACUCCGGAUGUGCUUGACUGGACACUGAUUGGUGAAUUGAGGGGUCAGGAAGAGCAGUUCGGCACGAGGAUUGGCGGCGGAGUGUCCCAUGGAAACGGAACCCAGAAUUGCAGCCAGGGGCUUGCACGGGGGCGGGGCAGUGUCUUUCCCAGGCGCCUGCGCCAAACCAGCUUCCCGGCGCCAUUUUGUCUCGGCAGCUGUGGCCGCAGCUCCAUCGCGUUUUAGGUUUCUGGCGAGAGGGAAACGGAGUUUUCAUUUGGUAGAUUCGUUUUUCUGCGGCAGCCAUGCACCGUUUCCUCCAGGACAGCACCUAGUCUUGGACGGAGGAGUCUCAGAGCUGUCAAAAGGUCUCUAUGAAUCAUAGAAAUAAAAGCAAAUGGAAUCUUAUCAGAUAAGUGCUUUUACAAGUCUAUAAAUAUAUUUUAUUCUUUGGAAUCUCUAAAGCAAAACUUUUCUUUAAAACUUUUUUUUUUUUUUUUUUUUUUUUUUAGGUAUCAGCAUCAAGAUGAUUUAUGGUAAUAAGGUACUCAGUGUUGCUUAAAAUAAAUUUUACAUUUAUCAAAGUAAAA